AUGUCCUUCCUAUCCCCGCCCCCGACACCCCCAUGGCUUGUGGAAGCUCAGCGUGCAUGCCAACUCAUCCGGCAGGAGUACCUCUCGGAGAAGAAGCGACGGCGGCAUUUGAAGACCAUCCUCGAUUUUGUUGACAGCUAUAUCCACUGGGUGCUCACGUCGCACUCUGGCGUGGGCCCGCUCGGGCCUGUGCUCGAGUGCGCGCUGGACUAUGGGAACGAGGGCGACAGGAUGGACCUUGUGCAGCACUUGAAGGGGUGGUAUGCAACUUUGGCACAGCGAAGAGAACACAAGAUGCUCGUCAUGAAGAUUCUACACCUCUGCCCGCCUGCGCGGCCGCUCAUCUUCCGGGAGCUUCAGCGGUAUGGUGUCGUGCCGCUCUUGCUGAACUACGAGGCCAUGAGCGUACUGCUCUCUACGUUCGAUAACCAUGCGAACGAGGAGGAGCGCGCCAUCCUCGUAUGCGGCAUGUACGGGCGCGUAGCAUGUGCGGCUGCCGACCUUGUGGAUGUGCAGAGAGGCGAAGGGAGCGAGAAGGCGCAUAUACGGGGCCUGAGUCAGAUCAUGCAAGAGUGUUAUCAUCCAGGGAAGGUGUAUUUGAUCCUCGGAGCCGCAAGGAGCAAUCUGCUUACAAUUUUCUGCAAUCCGAAUCCGACUGUUCCAUCCUCCGCUAUGUUCCACCGUGCAUUACUCGAAUACCUCCAGGCUCUUGAUACACUCCCAAACAAACAAGUGGCGGAAACGUUUCGCAGAGACAUCGUGCAAAAGCACAGAUGUUUGCAACACAUGGAGUUUCUGACCUUCUCACCAGAGGGAUCCCGUGUCGUCGGAGAGAUCAACGCCAUUGUGCAACGGAGUACAGAUAUAGUUCCGCUUCCUAUAGGCAUUGUGCCCCCCACACCAUAUGCGAUGCCGGGUCUAUCGCAAUAG